CAGUAGUCAGUUUUGAACACUGCCCGUCUAAAUUUCGACCAUCCAACAUAAAAACAGAUGCAUUUGUUGCAACGUUCUAAUUUCUUCCGUGCAGUAUAACUUGCAACUUAAUCCAUUAUAUCUAUCUCAUCGCGAAAUAUUUACACAGGUCAACACGAAGGCGAGAAAACUAAAAAUAAAAGCGGCUCCAUUUCUCACGAGGAGACAUUAUUCAGUUUUAAUUGAAAAUAAAAGCACAAUGAACGGUUCGGGUUGUCCUAACAAUACUAACAAUGGGCACCAGCCCACAUCUCAAUUAUUAUCAUUAGAUUCAGAAGGACAUUUAGUUUAUGUGGCACCUAUAAAUGGCGAACAAUUUGUUAUUCCCGAUGCUCCUAGAAAGUGUACUUGGACGGAGGAGGCUAGAAAAAAAGGAGCGGCGUUUCCUCAUACAGAACAAGAUUGGAAAAUGAAUAACAAAAUAGCCCCCAAUGUAUUGAAUUUGAUAGGAAAUACUCCAAUGGUGGAGUUGAAUUCUAUACCAAAGAAAGCUGGAUUGAAAUGCAAGAUUUAUGCCAAACUAGAAUAUUUAAACCCAGGCGGUUCAAUUAAAGAUCGCAUAGCCAAAAGAAUCAUUGAAGAUGCUGAAAAACAGGGCCUACUCAAACCCGGAAUGACCAUCAUCGAAGCUUCAUCGGGAAAUACCGGAGUUGGAGUAGCGCUGGUUUCGGCAAUUAAAGGCUACAAAUGUAUUAUAGUCAUGUCCGAAAAAAUGUCCAACGAAAAAGUAGCUGUGAUGAGAGCCCUUGGUGCUAAACUAAUACGUACUCCUAUCACUGCAGAUUCGUACUCUCCAGAUGGCAUAUUUGGAGUUGCCAGACGCCUUCAUAAAGAAAUUCCAGAUUCACUUAUAUUGGAUCAGUUUUCGAAUCCAGGCAAUCCUUUAGCCCACUAUGACACUACAGCUGAAGAAAUUCUUGAUCAAUGUGAUCAUAAAAUAGACGUUCUUGUCGUAGGUGCUGGCACUGGUGGAACAAUUACUGGUAUCGGUAGGAAAUUUAGAGAAGUUUCGCCUAAAACGAAAAUAAUCGGGGUGGAUCCCGAAGGGUCCGUUUUUGCUAUUCCGGACUCCCUAAACCAAACGAAUGUAACGUUUUUUGAAGUUGAAGGUCUUGGUUAUGAUUUUGUACCAACAUCUUUGGAUCAAACUGUGGUAGAUCGAUGGGUGAAAACUAAUGACGAAGAGAGCCUUAUAAUGGCUAGAAGGCUCAUAAAGGAAGAGGGACUGCUUUGUGGAACUAGCAGUGGAGCUACAGUGUCAGCUGCUAUGAAGGUAGCAGUCGAUUUAAAGGAAGGACAAAAUCUUGUUGUAAUAAUACCAGACAGUAUACGAAAUUAUUUAACUAAGUUUGUAUCAGAUCAUUGGAUGGAGGCUAGAGGCUUUCAGACAUGUGAAAAUGUAAAUAAUCAUUUCUGGUGGGAUUACAAUGUUGAAAAUCUUCAAUUUAGACCAAUUACUACAUUUCAAGGAAACGAACCUUGCAAUAAAGUAUUGGAGGUAAUGAAAGAUAAAAAUAUACAAGAAGUUGCUGUAUUAAAAUUGGAUGGAAACAUUUUAGGAACAAUUACCCAGAAGCAUUUAAUAAACAAGUUAUUAGCUAAAGAGAUACAGGCCCAUCAAGCUGUACAAGAUUGCACCAUUCGGAUAUAUCCGAAAGUGAAUGUGAAGACUGGAAAUCUUGGAUUGGUGUCCAGGAUUUUAGAAAAGGAUAACUACGCUGUCAUUGUAGAUACUCAAGGUACUGGACAUCGAAAAAAGGAAGUACCCUUGGGAAUUUUGGAUAUUAACGAUUUGUACGAGUUUAUUUGUAGGGAGCAAAAUAAGAUGACCUUAAAAUGAUUUAUACAUAGGUAGUGGAAAUAUACUCAAUUUAAACUUAGUGAGUAGCAAAAAGCUUUACGGCUUUAAAGUUUCUAAUAAAUUACACUGGAUGCCUUUUGAUAUUCUUUUUGGUACCUACCAAAUCAACCUGAAAAGAUUUGUCAUUAUCUGCAUUUAAAAAUGUCGCUCUACCAAUUUUCAAAAAACUUAACACGUUAAUCGCCCAAAUGGAACCUAAAAAAAAGUUUUUCUCCAAACGUCAGAAAAACGUCACUUUGUUAAC